UAUAUAUCUCCAUUGAAGAAGCAAGAAGAAGGAGGAAGAAGAAGGAGGAAGAAGAUCCCACCGAAGUACCAAAGAGAUUCCAGUGGGCUGCCAUUGCACCGCGUUUCUCAUAUAAAUCUCUCUCUCUCUACAGCUUUACCUUCAUCAUCUCUCCGCAAUUCCCGGAGCCAAUAUCUCCCUCUGCGUCGGCCUUCGGGAAUCCUUCCAUGGCGGCUCUCAGGCGCCUGCUACCGAAGGCCUUCCUGGCGCCUCGCUCCUCGACGAUCUCCCGAUUCGUCUCCCCCCCUUCGACCCUCAAUCCGCAAACUGACCUCCAAUCAGCCGCCGCUGCCCUGAACCUUCACCCCCUCCGUCGCGGUGGGGACCCCAAGGGCAGGAACGUCCAGUGGGUCUUCCUUGGCUGUCCCGGAGUCGGGAAGGGCACCUAUGCAUCCCGGCUCUCCACCCUCCUCGGCGUUCCCCACAUCGCCACCGGCGACCUCGUCAGGGACGAGCUCGCUUCUGCCGGCCCCCUCUCCUCUAAGCUUUCCGAGAUAGUUAGACAAGGGAAGUUGGUGCCAGAUGAAGUCAUUAUAGAUCUACUUUCGAAAAGACUAGAAACUGGGGAAGCUAAGCGGGAGACUGGAUUUAUACUCGAUGGCUUCCCUCGGACUGUAAGACAGGCGGAGAUAUUGGAAGGAGUAACAGAUAUUGACUUGGUGGUCAACUUAAAGCUCCGGGAAGAUGCCUUACUGGUGAAAUGUCUUGGGAGAAGGAUCUGCAGCGAAUGUGGUGGGAAUUACAAUGUUGCAUGUAUCGACAUCAAGGGCGAGGAUGGAAACCCCGGAAUGUACAUGGCUCCACUGCUCCCCCCUCCACACUGCGAGACGAAACUCAUCACUCGAUCAGAUGAUACUGAAGAAGUUGUGAAGGAACGCCUUCGUAUAUACAACGAAAUGAAAGCAGCUGACUUCGGCUCAACAUGUGAAACUCAACCUUUGAACCUAGCUCAAGCUGGAUCCUGCUAUCUUCUUUCGGACAUAAAUUUGACGAAACCUGUAGAAGACUUCUAUCGGUCCAGGGGGAAGUUGCUGGAGUUUGAUCUUCCUGGAGGAAUCCCAGAGUCGUGGCCGAAACUACUUCAGGCUCUGAACCUUGAAGAUGGUGAUGACAAGAGAUCAGCAGCGGCAUGAUCUUGAGAACCACCUCGUAGUGUUUGUACGUAAAAGUUAAGUUGUAGGUCAAUUCAUUCUUUGCAUGCAAGUUACAUGCAUGGCUAUUGAUUUUGAGAACGAUGAUAAGAUGAGAUUGUGUAUAGUAAAUAAGCUCAGGAAUGAUGCAACCUGAAUGUACUCCUUUUUCUUUUUGAUAUGUCAACAUUCUUGUGAGGGCAGUAUUUGUUUGAGUAGAAGCUGCAUUCUGCUGAUGUUAAUGGUAUCACUUUCAGUUACUGAGCA